GGUAGCGCACACAGUGGAGGUCAGAGAAGUACCAAAAUGUCGGUUGCUGCUUUCUCGUCCUUGAGCCGUUGUAGUGUUUUGGCUUUCCGGUCGCCCGCUGGACUGGUGGCGGUCCGGUAUGCCCAGACAGCGGCAGCUCCAGCAUCACAGCCCAGGGUAAAGAAGUUUCAGGUGUACAGAUGGGAUCCAGACACUCCAGGAGACAAACCCCGCAUGCAGACCUAUGACAUCGACCUCAACACUUGCGGGCCAAUGGUUCUUGAUGCCCUGAUCAAGAUCAAAAAUGAGAUGGACUCCACUCUGACUUUCCGCCGCUCCUGCAGAGAAGGUAUUUGUGGAUCCUGUGCAAUGAACAUCAAUGGGGGAAACACACUGGCCUGUCUCAACAAGAUUGACACCAACAUUAGCAAACCAACCAAGAUUUACCCCCUCCCACACAUGUAUGUGGUCAAAGAUCUGGUGCCUGACAUGAGUAACUUCUACGCUCAGUACAAGUCGAUUGAACCAUACCUGAAGAAGAAGGAUGACUCAAAGGAAGGGAAGGAGCAGUACCUGCAGUCUGUGGAGGACAGACAGAAACUGGACGGGCUGUACGAGUGUAUCCUGUGCGCCUGCUGCAGUACGAGUUGCCCCAGCUACUGGUGGAACGGAGACAAAUACCUGGGGCCUGCUGUACUCAUGCAGGCAUAUCGUUGGAUGAUUGACUCUCGAGAUGAGUUCACAGAGGAGCGUCUGUCCAAGCUGCAGGAUCCUUUCUCUCUGUACCGGUGCCACACUAUCAUGAACUGCACCAAAACCUGCCCCAAGGGCCUGAACCCGGGAAAAGCGAUAGCCGAGAUCAAGAAGAUGAUGGCCACAUACAAGGAGAAGAAGGCAGCUGCUGUUUAAACCCUCAGUAGCCAUGUACAACCUUUCCCUUUAUGAUUUUAAAUUAUAUAUUGAUUUUUAAAAUUCUUAUCGAGGUCUGAUGGCCCAGUACACCUGUCCGCUCCACCACCACCGCACCCUGCAGGACUGAAGUCAACUGUAAUGAAAAUGUGUGCAGGUGUGUGUGUGUGUGUGUGUGUGGUUUGAAAAUUUGGUGUUACACAAACGCACAUGUACAGUAUGAAUGCAGGAGAGAAAGUGUGUGUCUGAGUCUUACGUGUACCAUAACAGAGGCAUUGAACUCCAGCUCAACUUGUUGUAUGGUUGUGCACUUGAGAGACAUGACACUACAUAUUAUAGUAAAAUUAAGGUGUUUUUCUUUCAUGUUGAAACAUUUUUUUUUUAGCUUGUUGCUUUUCAGGUUAGCAGCAAGUUCACAGACACACAGUGUAUAAGUUCCCUCAGAUCUUCCAACAUACCAACUGCAGUUUUGAUGGAAAAUAAAUAGUUAAAAUGCC